CCUAAAGAUCAUACAAACCAUAUAAGAAGCUCUAGUCUAUAUAGGUACUAUAAUGGGCAAGUGCUUAUUAGUGUUUCUUUUCGUGAGCUGCAUGGUGGCCACCAUGGUCGAAGGGCAAGGCACUCGCGUUGGCUUUUAUUCAAGGACAUGCCCUCAGGCAGAAUCCAUUGUUAGGACAACAGUCCAAACCCAUUUCAGGUCUAAUCCUACAAUUGCACCUGGUUUGCUGAGGAUGCAGUUCCAUGACUGUUUCGUGCAUGGGUGUGAUGCUUCUAUUCUCAUUGAUGGAGCUAACACUGAGAAAACAGCAGGACCUAACCUUCUUCUCAGAGGAUAUGAAGUCAUUGAUGAUGCCAAGACCAAACUUGAAGCUGCUUGCCCUGGUGUUGUCUCUUGUGCUGACAUUUUAGCUCUUGCUGCCCGCGACUCUGUGGUUUUGACAAAUGGACCCAGCUGGCCAGUGCCCACAGGACGUAGAGAUGGCAGGGUUUCAUUAGCAUCUGAUACUGCAAAUUUGCCUGGGUUCACAGACUCCGUUGAUGUGCAAAAGCAGAAGUUUGCAGCUUUGGGUCUUAAUACUCAAGAUCUUGUUACCCUUGUUGGAGGACACACCAUAGGAACUACAGCUUGCCAAUUCUUCAGGUACAGACUAUAUAAUUUCACUACAACUGGAAAUGGUGCAGAUCCAUCCAUCGACCCAGCAUUUGUUCCUCAACUAAAGGCACUUUGCCCACAAAAUGGUGAUGCCUCCAAACGUAUUGCACUUGACACUGGUAGUUCCAACACGUUUGAUGGAUCUUUCUUCACCAAUUUGAGGAAUGGGAGAGGAAUUCUUGAAUCUGAUCAGAAGUUGUGGACUGAUACUACAACCAGAACCUUUGUUCAACGUUUCUUAGGCAUCCGAGGAUUGCUUGGCUUGACCUUUAACGUUGAAUUUGGAAGAUCUAUGGUCAAGAUGAGCAAUAUCGGUGUCAAAACUGGUGCCAAUGGUGAAAUUCGUAAAGUCUGCUCUGCCAUAAAUUGAAGAUGUUAAGUGUUCAUAAGUCAUCAAGAGUACAUACUCCACAUUAAAGGUGGUGGUGUUAUUAUUAUUAUUAUUUUGAAAGGGUCAAAGCGCAAGCUGUUAUGGUUAGUAAUUAUUUGAUAAGAUUGCUUAAUUAAUUUUCCAAGUUGUAAGCUUAUCUCAAAAUUAAUGGCGACGAAUCAUUUCAAGGGAA